UUGUUGUUGCAAUUUUCAUAAAUCAUGUUACAAAUGCAUUACCCUUGAGGUCACCUCCUCUAUGUGUUAUGUACAUCAAGCAUAACUUAUAAUGACUUGACUGUGAAAUUAAAAACUGAGUUAAAAACCAUGUUGCAAAAUUGUCACAUAUUACUUGAUGUAUGAUAAAUCGUUAUAAGUACUAUUGAUUUAUCCUCGGAUUUAUCCCUCUUUUGGUGCACAAGAAACACGCAUAUAGAGAAAGCUAAUUUGCUUAAUGAUUAUCUUAUAACUUGGGAAAAAAUAUACGGUUACUAUUAUGUAUUUGACUCGGUAUUUGUCUAUAAAUAUUAUAUAAAUAUGUAAAUAUAUAUAUUCACAUAUUGCAAACAACCUGCGAAUUACAAUUUAAUUAGCGCAAGGACGUCACAUCCAAGCAACACAAACACGGCGUGGCUCAAUGUCAAUAUUAAUGCAAUGCCAAUUGCAAAUAUUCUUGGCUACUGCCACUCGCCACACCCAGUAAAUAUAAGAAAAGUUAGUAAUAAACAUUAAGAUACCAUACAAAGAUAAGAAAUGGUAAAAGAAAUUCAAUUAAUUGCAAACCUUAGUGUAUUCACCAAAACAAAACUUAAUACUGACAGAUCAUGUAUGAAGUUAUACGUCAAAUUAAAACCAAGUCAGAUAGCCACAAAAAAUUGCAAAUGUAAAAGCUUCAUGUUUAAAUCCCAAAGAGCACUAAUACCUACCACUGAACUCGAAAUCGCGAUUAUUAAAUACUCGAAUAACCGGUUAUUGAUUAAUGGACGAAUGAUUUAGCAUCAACAAAACAUCGAUUAUUUGAUUACUAAUUAUGGGAAAAAAUCAUUGCCUACUUCAUUGUCGACUGUUCAACAAUCACUUAAUCGAAAACUCCAAUUAUUUAUAGAAAUAGAUAAUCGACUGUUUAAACUUAAAAAGUUGCUCGUCUUUCUCAUGUUGUAAGAAUACCGAACCUAUCUACAAUUUAUUAACUAUUUGGCAAGAUCUUUCAACCAAAUGUUUUGUGUAGAAUACUUUGGAAUUUGUUAAGUUUAAAGUAUCAUUAUUAUACUAAUAGUAGAUAAGGUAAACAGCACAUCCUACCCUGUUUACUUCUACUUAUCUUCCUUGAAUCCAUCUUGUGCCAUCACUCAAACGCAAGCCAGCGUGAUCAUAUAUGCCAAUCUUGCUCGGUAUUACGAGUUGAGAUUGAAGCCGCAAAAGGGUGAUUUUGGAAACGAAAAACUUCGAAAAUAUUGAAAAGCAUGAUAAUCAAAAGUAGUAACUGACGGAGAGAAAUAAUCAGGAGAUGCUGAAGAAAUAGGUGGAAUAGAAGAGAAUGGGGGUUCAACUGAACGGGAGCAUGAAAUUGAACUGCAAGAGGUAGUACGGGAUGGACAUGAAAAAGCGGAUCCUUCCCAGUUUGAACUCUUGAAAGUGUUAGGGGAAGGUUCGUUUGGAAAAGUUUUUUUGGUUCGAAAAGUGGUUGGUGCUGAUGCUGGAACAUUGUACGCAAUGAAAGUGCUAAAAAAAGCGACUUUAAAAGUGAGAGAUCGACAUCGAACUAAAAUGGAACGCAAUAUACUGGUUGAUGUUGGACAUGCGUUCAUUGUCAAGUUGCACUACGCUUUUCAAACUGCUGGGAAAUUGUACCUCAUACUUGAUUUCCUGAGAGGCGGAGAUUUGUUUUCUAGACUUAGCAAAGAAGUUAUGUUUACAGAGGAGGAUGUGAAAUUCUAUUUGGCAGAAUUGGCGUUAGCUUUAAAUCAUUUACAUUCCCUUGGUAUAAUUUACAGAGACCUGAAACCUGAAAAUGUUUUACUGGAUUCAGAUGGGCACAUUGCAUUAACCGAUUUUGGUUUAUCAAAAUUGCCUUUGGAGGAAGGAAAAGCGUACAGUUUUUGUGGGACAGUUGAGUAUAUGGCCCCAGAAGUUGUGAAUCGAAAAGGUCAUGCUUUUGCAGCAGAUUGGUGGUCAUUCGGUGUAUUAAUGUAUGAGAUGUUAACUGGAACUUUACCAUUCCAAGGAGCGACUAGAAGAGACACAAUGACUCAAAUUUUAAAAGCAAAAUUAGGAAUGCCAUCAAACCUUAGCCCAGAAGCGCAAAGUUUGUUACGUGCGCUUUUUAAACGAAAUCCUGUUAAUAGAUUGGGUGCAGGUGCAGGAGGCAUUGAGGAUUUAAAGCGACACGAAUUUUUUGCGACUAUCGAUUGGGAAGCGUUGGUGAAUAAAAAAAUUAGGCCGCCUUUUAAGCCUGCAGUAUCAGGUCCGGAUGAUGCAUACUAUUUUGAUUCCGAAUUCACAAGUAAAACGCCGCGCGAUUCUCCUGGUGUUCCAGCAAGUGCGACCGCACAUGAAUUAUUCCGAGGGUUUAGUUUUGUGGCACCUGGUUUAUUAGAUGGUCCUAUGUCACAAAGUAAAGAAACUCCAUUCAAAUCUGUUAGGACAAAUACAGGGAACUUUUUAGAUGAAUAUGAAUUGUUGCACGAGUUGGGGACUGGUAGCUAUAGUGUUUGUAGAUUAGCAAGGCAUAAAGCUACGGGACAUCACUAUGCUGUUAAAAUUAUAAAUAGAACUAAUUGUGACUGCAGGGAAGAAGUGGAAAUUUUAUUAAGGUAUGGCCAUCAUCCGGGGAUAGUAUCUCUUAAGGGCGUACAUGAGGAAGCUGGCAAAGUGUACCUUGUUCUUCAGCUACUUCGAGGUGGUGAUUUAUUAGAUUAUAUUGCAAACAAGGGUCGAUUAUCUGAAAGAGAAGCGUCGUCAAUAUUAAGGAUUUUAGUGAACACAGUGGCCUUCCUGCAUGAAAAUGGUGUGGUUCAUCGUGAUCUUAAACCUCCUAACAUAUUAUUCGCUUCAGAGAGCUGUACUCCUGAGAGUGUAACUAUCUGUGAUAUGGGUUUUGCUAAACAGAUGAGAGCUGAUAAUGGUUUGUUAAUGACGCCAUGCUAUACUGCCAAUUUUGUGGCUCCGGAGGUGUUGAAAAGGCAAGGGUAUGAUGCUGCAUGUGAUAUUUGGUCAUUAGGGGUAAUAUUGUAUAUUAUGCUAUCUGGUCGGUGCCCAUAUUCCACUGCACCCAAUGAUAGCCCACAGCGAAUUUUACAAAGAAUUAGUUCCGGUCGCUUGGACUUUACGGGCGAGCAUUGGUCUAAUGUAUCUCAAUCAGUUAAAGAUCUACUGGUAGAUAUGCUACAUUUGUCACCUCAAAGACGACCUUUGGCUUCUCAUUUACGAAAUCAUCUUUGGUUAAAUCCUGCUAGUCAUCAGCACCCAAGUAAUCAUGUACAAAAUCGUUGUAAUAUUACCCAAAAUCGUGAAAGUGUGAUUGUACCAGGCUUCCAGUCAAAAUCUGAUAUAAAUGCCAAUGAAAAAUUGCAUCUAAAAGGAACCGUUGCUGCAACAUUUAGGGCAAUUGCGGUAUCCCCAAAAGCAGCUCAUUUAGGCCCUGUUGGCAUGUCAGAACUUGCUCGUCGUAGAUUUAAGAACAAAGGUACUGUAAGAGAAUAAUAUUCAUUCUUUUGUAUUGUAAGUACAUAGUGGCAUAACAACUUCCUCUCGCUGUACAUUUUAUAAAAUUAAGUCAAAUGGUCUAUAGGAGGGAUUUAAUGCAUAAUUAACUUAUUUAAAUUAUUCUUCCACAAAUGUAGUGGUUGCAUUUUAUAACCUGUACUCUGCAUUUUAAGCAAAUUUGUUUGUAUAUACUGUAAGUACUCAUUUAAAUAUUUCUUGAAGCAUUAAAUUUUCAUCAGACUUA